AUGAAACCAAUUGAAAAUUCUUUUAACGGGUUAACUUUAAAACCUAUCAAAUCAGAAGUGGAGGUUGAUUUCUCUUAUAAAGAGGAAGAAGAAGAAGAAGAAGGAAGAGGAAAAGCAGAUCAGGAAGAUGAAAAACAUGUAGAAAAGGUUAUUGUUGAUGUUGCUGAUCAAGAUGAUCUAUCCGAUCAUACUAAUUUUACUUAUCAUGAAGAAAGGGCUCUAAUUGACGAAAAUUUGAAACAUCAUGCAUUGAACACUUUAGGCAGAUCUUCUUCCAGAACAAGUUUAUCUAGUAUCAUUUCUGGUCCAGAUAUUCAUACUAAUGGUAACAACGAUUUUCUAGAAAAUAGUUCUUCUCCUCCUCCUCCUCCUAAAAGUUUUGGAAGAAGACUUAGUUUCAACGCCCAAAAGAGUUUACCGGAUUCUCCGGCUAUUGCAGCCACAGUUGCCUCUUCUAUUACGGCAAGUAAUGAUAGAAACACCUCUUUAACUACUCAAGAUACCACGAAUUUUUCCACUCCCCUUGCUUCUGCUGUCAAUCCUACUUCUAUAACCCCUAAUAAAAACCUUGAUGAAAAAAGGUCUGAACUGAACUAUAAAAUGGGUAUUUUAGGCGAUACUACUGCUGAUAUGCUAGACCCAGCUUCUAUGGAGUUGGUUGAUUUAUAUUCAAAAUUGCAGGAUUGUAGAGACUUGAGAAAAAAAUACCAAAAUAUCUCUUUGCAAAGAGCAGACCAAAACCCCAAAAACAGUUCUGAUUGGCUAAUUUAUCCACCUCCACCAAAAGCGUCUUAUAACUCAGUUACCAAAACGGUUUUGAAGGUGGAUAAUAAACCCGAUAUGGAUGUUUUUGACAUAAAUGAAGUUAUGAUUCCUGGUGAGGAUGAAACAUUUGAUUUUGAGCUUAAUUCGGAUGACGUCUACUGUGUAUAUUAUCGUAAUACUGAUAAUGGUAAAGAUAAAGGGGAAAAACUAGUCUCUCAGGUACCAACUUUAAGAGAAUAUUAUAUUGAUCUGGAACGUGUUAUAAACAUAUCUUCAGACGGUCCUGCUAAAUCUUUUGCUUUUAGAAGGUUGCAGUAUUUGGAGGCACGCUGGAACAUGUACUCAUUGUUGAAUGAAUACCAAGAAAUUGCAGUUUCAAAAAAAAACCCCCAUAGAGAUUUUUAUAAUGUUCGUAAAGUCGAUACACACGUGCACCACAGCGCUUGUAUGAAUCAAAAGCAUUUAUUAAGGUUUAUUAAGCACAAACUAAGAAACAAUGGCGACGAAAAAGUUAUUUUCAGAGAUGGCAAAGUUUUAACUUUAAAUGAAGUUUUCAAGUCCUUAAAUUUGACUGGGUACGACUUAUCGAUUGAUACUUUGGAUAUGCAUGCUCACAAGGAUACCUUUCACAGAUUUGAUAAAUUUAAUUUAAAGUAUAAUCCUAUUGGCGAGUCUCGUUUGAGAGAAAUUUUUUUAAAAACUGAUAAUUAUAUCCACGGUAAAUAUCUAGCUGAAAUCACUAAACAGGUUAUUUCUGACUUGGAGGUUACCAAAUAUCAAAAUGUGGAAUAUAGGGUUUCUAUUUAUGGUAGGAGUAUCGAUGAAUGGGAUAAAUUGGCAAGUUGGGUUGUUGAUAAUAAGAUAUUUUCUCACAAUCUGAGAUGGCUAGUUCAAGUCCCACGUCUUUAUGAUAUCUAUAUGAAGACUGGGGCAAUUAAUAAUUUCGCAGAUAUCAUCAAAAAUUUAUUUCAGCCUUUGUUUGAAGUUACUAAAAAUCCCAAAUCGCAUCCAAAAUUACAUAUUUUCUUAGAAAGAGUUAUUGGGUUUGAUUCAGUAGAUGAUGAGAGUAAACCUGAUCGUCGUUUUCAUAGAAAGUAUCCUCCACCUUCACUAUGGAAUUCUCCAACGAACCCUCCAUAUUCCUAUUAUAUAUAUUAUUUGUUUGCUAAUUUAGCAUUUUUGAACCAAUGGAGAGCUAAACGUGGAUUCAAUACAUUUGUUUUGAGACCUCAUUGUGGUGAAGCUGGUGAUCCAGAACAUUUAGUUACUGCAUACUUGUUAACAGAGGGAAUUUCUCACGGUAUUUUGUUAAGAAAGGUGCCAUUUGUUCAGUAUUUGUACUAUUUGGACCAGAUUGGUAUUGCAAUGUCCCCAUUGUCCAACAAUGCGUUGUUUUUAACGUAUGAUAAGAAUCCACUACCUGCUUACUUCAAACGUGGGUUAAACGUUAGUUUGAGUACGGAUGACCCUCUACAAUUUUCAUAUACAAGAGAACCGUUAAUUGAAGAAUACAGUGUUGCCGCCCAAAUUUACAAAUUAAGUAACGUUGAUAUGUGUGAACUAGCGAGGAAUUCCGUUUUACAAAGUGGGUGGGAGGCACAAAUUAAAAAGCAUUGGAUUGGCCACAAUUUUGAGAAAAACGGGGUUGAGGGUAACGAUGUAGAAAAGACCAAUGUUCCUGACAUUAGGAUUAAUUAUAGGUAUGAAACAUUAGAAACUGAAUUAGAAUUAGUACAAUUUUAUUCCAGUAUCAACAAAGAUUAA